UUCUUUAGUGUACUAACUUCGUAAGCAAUCGUUUCAAAAAGCAACAAGCAGAAAACACAAGAAUUUAAAAUGAAAGAAUUUGAGAAAAUUAAUAAUGAUGCCACUGACGAGAAAAGCGCCCGCUUCCAAAUAAUGAAUUGGAAUGCCAAUGCUUUUUGGGCUUGGGAUAUUGGGGUUGAUACUUGCGCCAUUUGUCGCAAUCACAUUGAUGAGCUAUGCAACGAGUGCCUAUCGAAUAUGUCCGUUGAUUGCCCGAAGGCUUGCGGGGUCUGCCAGCACGUUUACCACUACCAUUGUAUUUCGCGCUGGCUGACUAAGCGUCAUGUCUGUCCCUUGGACUAUCUCGCCUGGCAAUAUAAAAACUGAGACCAAAAUUCCAAAGUGAGACU